CAUUACAUUAGUGUUCUCUCAUUAUUUCUAUUUUUCUGUUCACUGAUAUAUAAUAAUGCUAUAGUAGAGUAUUGCAUGUACCGCAAUGUACCUAUAUACGCACUUGCAUACCAUUAACAUCACAAACUACUCAAUCUGUUUCACAACACAGUAAUAACACAGCUACCAUCGAAUUCACAUCUUUAUUUUUUAGAUUUACAUUUAUUUUAUUUAUCUUCAGUGUCUAGUAUUGAUAAAUUUUUUUAAAUAAAAGUAAUUCAGGUGCUAGUGCUCCAGCAGCUCUCUACUCCUGCAGCUUCUGCUUCAUGGCAGAUAACCUAUAUUAAUCUUUAAUCCUGGAGGAAUUAUUAUUUAAGAUUUGGUGAGGUGGUUAUGAAAAAAAAAUGGAUAUUAAAAGUGCGGUGUACAACGCUGCAAGAGAUGGCCGACUUAGAAGGCUCAAGGUAUUCCUGGAUGACAGAGAAAAACAUGACCUAGAGCAAUUAGUGAGUGCUAAAACUCAUGGAGCAACGCCACUAGUGAUGGCUUGUAGAAAUGGUCACUAUGACGUUGCUGAAUAUCUUAUUGAAAAGUGCGGUGCUGAUGUCGAACAACCGGGAUCUGUGGUAUUUGAUGGAGAAACAAUUGAAGGAGCUCCUCCACUUUGGUGUGCUGCAGCCGCAGGACACUUGGCUUUAGUAAAAUUACUGGUAAAGCGAGGGGCCAAAUUAAAUGCCACAACUAAAACAAACUCAACUCCACUUCGAGCUGCCUGUUUUGAUGGGCAUUUUGAAAUAGUUAAAUUUCUUGUUCAGCACGGCGCAGAUAUCGAGCUGGCGAAUAAGCACGGCCACACAUGUCUAAUGAUAGCAUGUUACCGAGGGCACGUGCGAAUCGCAAAAUUCCUCCUGGCCCUAAAAGCAGACACAAACCGAAAAUCAGUAAAAGGAAACACAGCUCUGCACGACUGUGCAGAGAGCGGCUCUCUGGAGAUCUUAAAAAUCUUAGUGGAGCAUGGAGCUCGAAUGGACGUCGACUCCUACGGGAUGACCCCAUUACUGGCCGCGGCAGUGGCUGGACAUUUGCAUAUCGUCGAGCACUUAAUAGGAAUCCCGCAAUUAGUGUCCCGAAAGGAAAAAAUCGACGCUCUGGAAUUAUUAGGCGCGACUUAUGUCGACAAAAAGCGCGACAUGAUUGGUGCACUGGAGUGCUGGAAGCGCGCGAUGACCGAGCGGUACCACGGCGAGGGAAAAGUUAUUGAAAAACCUCCCCGACCUCCUGGGGUAGGCGCCUACGAUUACGCUGAAGAAAUAGCAGACGCCGAGGGCUUGGACGAAUUGCUGGCCGAUCCGGACGAAAUGCGUAUGCAAGCUCUGGUCAUACGCGAAAGAAUCCUCGGGCCCGCUCAUCCCGACACUAGUUAUUACAUCAGAUAUCGCGGAGCUGUCUAUGCUGACUCCGGGAAGUUUGAGAGGUGCAUUGAGCUCUGGAAUUAUGCGCUGGAUAUGCAGCAGAGCAUGCUGGAGCCUCUUAAUACUAUGACUCAGAGCUCGUUGUUUAGUUUUAUUGAGUUGUUUAGUUUUAUGGUCGGUGAGGAGGGAAGACAGACUCCAAGGGGACGCAGGAUUCCGUCUGUUGAGAGACAUGAGUUGAUGAGAGUCUUUAAAAAAGCGGUUCUAGAAGUUAAAUUGGGUAAGCAAAUGUUAGAUAAAUUACCGUCCUGUGAUCGGGAUCUUACCAAUUUAAAUAGAAUUUUGGUCAUCACGCUUCAUCUUGCCUGUUUGUUGACUCGAGAAAUGCCGCACGUCAAUUCGGAUGAUUAUGUUGCGCUUCAUAAAGCUAUUUAUGAAUUGGUUCGGGUUAAUGCGAGAGAUAAAGGGGGAAAAGACGUCCUUCAAAUGAUCCACAACGUAGACGCAACAAUAGCCGGCCGUUACCCAGCGUGUAAAUUAACCUCCCCGCAAUUAACAAUGGCGUUAUUAAAAGCCGGUGCUGAUCCAACUUGCAAGGACGACGACGGCAACACAGCGCUUCAUUUAACAGCAAUAUCUUAUCCAUGGCGAACCGAUUUAGCGACGAUAUUAUUACGCGGUGGUGCGCACCUCGAUACCGUCAACAAUGACGGUCACACGUAUGAAUCAUUACUCGAUGAUAAAAUAAGAUUCAUGACACUUAAUCCUAUUAAAUACACGACUCUUAUGUGUUUAGCGGCUCGUGCUAUUCGUAAAAAUAAUAAUUAUAUUGAUAUAAAUAGGGUACCCGUUCAUUUGAGAGAUUUUGUUCUUCAGCACUAGAAUCAUUAUUUACAUUAACAUUAUUAUUAUUAUUAUUAUUAUUAUUAUUAUUAUUCAAUUUUUUUUUCUUUUUAAUUAACAAGUUUUUAAUUUUUAUUGAAUUUCAUUUUAAUAUAGGAGUUCUAGUCUCGUUUUUAAAUAUCCUUUUUAAUUGAAUAGUAUAUGUGCUUGGCUUAAUGGAAUUGAAUUUGAUAUUUUAUAAAAAUAUAUUUUUUUUAAUAAUCUAUCGUGGAAUAAUUGAGAUUGUAUAAAUA